UCCUUCUAUUACCAGCCUACACGUCCAGACCGAGGUUGGUUUGUUUUCCCGUUUGGUAAGAACCCUUGGUGGAUCUAUUUAGCCAGUGCAUUGCCGGCUCUGCUGGUGACCAUUCUGAUCUUCAUGGAUGAACAGAUCACCGCCGUCAUAGUCAACAGGAAGGAGAACAAGCUGAAGAAAGCCUGCGGGUAUCACCUGGAUCUCUUCUGGGUCGGCAUCCUGAUGGCUGUCUGCUCCUUCAUGGGUCUUCCUUGGUAUGUGGCAGCAACUGUCAUCUCCAUCGCUCACAUUGACAGCUUGAAAAUGGAGACAGAGACCAGCGCCCCCGGAGAACAGCCUCAGUUUUUAGGAGUGAGG